CAGCACUGGAGCAGCUAAAAGGACACGUAGUAAAUCACAAACUAGAGAAUCUAAAUUUAAUGAUUUACAAUUGCUGGCUACAAAAAACGUCAGAUCAGUAGGGGUAUCUCAAAGGUCUACUUCAUUUAAAGCGAAGAUGCCCAAUGUCAUAAAACCCAAAGUAAACCCAAAUUCUCCGAUGAAUAUACUACGAAGACCGCGAAAAGGGGAAAUGGCUCUUAGUAUACAAGGAAGUCCACUGUUGGUCUCAUCCGUUGUACAAGACGAAACUGCAACCAUCACCGUGCCGUUAGAAGAUGGAAGAGUUAUGUCUUUUGUACCGAAGAAUAAAUUACAUCUUUCAAAUAUACCGGCUCUUGACCCUGAGACAAUGCGUCAACUAAGCACAUUAAAAGGAUACAUUGAACAAGUAUUUGGAUCAAAGUAAUGUGUAUUCCAAUUUGUAAGAAAAACGCAAAUAAAGUGGAUUUCCUUUGCCAGUAAUACGUUAUUAUACAAGUAUUAUAAAAUAUUUAUUAUAUUAUUUUCCAUAUUUUCUUGUAAUGAAGUAUUAAAAUAUUCUCAUACUUGGCGAGUAACAGUUUUAUCAUAAAGCCAUGUACAAUGUGUGACGUCAAAAGCGAGGAAAACUUUUUUUAUAAAUUGUGUUUAGUUUCUCAAAAAAUAGGUAUGUUUAAAGUUUUUAGAAAGCACCACAGUCCUAUAUGGGCCAACUCUAACUAUUGUGAUGUUAGUUCUAAAAAAUAAAGAUUUAUUAAUAAAAAAA